AUGGUUCUCCGCAAGCUGCCACAGCCCGCUCAUGCUACAUCUUCCAAGCCGAACAUUGUCUUCAUUUUAGCAGAUAAUCUAGGAUGGGGUGAGCUCGGCUGCUAUGGUGGAGGGACUUUGGUUGGUGCCGCGACGCCUCGAAUCGAUCGCCUCGCCUCGGAGGGGCUAAAGCUGCAAAACUUCAACGUGGAGAGCGACUGCGUCCCAACUCGUUCUGCUCUCAUGACAGGGCGUCACCCUAUUCGAACUGGCUGUUUACAAGCCGUCCCAGCAGGGUUCCCGCAGGGCCUCGCUCCCUAUGAGAUCACGCUAGCUGAACGGCUGAAGGAGCAAGGCUAUGCGACUGCGCACCAUGGAAAAUGGCACCUGGGCGAUGUGCAGGGUCGGUACCCGUCAGACCGCGGCUUCGAUGAAUGGUUUGGCAUCCCUCGCACGAGCGACGAGACGCAAUUUACAAGCUCCCUCGGGUUCGACCCAAGUGUGGCUCAGCUCCCCUACAUCAUGAAUGGUAUCGCAGGACAGGAGUCCGAGAACGUCAAAAUCUAUGACAUCGAGCAACGUCGCCUGAUUGACGAGAUGCUCGUGGAAAAGUCCAAAGACUGGCUGAACAGACAGGUGCGAAAGAAGGAACCUUUCUUCUUGUAUCACCCGCUCGUGCAUCUCCACUUCCCCACACUGCCACACAAGGACUUUGAUGGGAAAACCGGUAAAGGCUUUUUCUCAGACUCUCUUGCAGAGAUGGACUAUCGCGUGGGUCAGAUUCUCGAUCAUAUCGACGAGCUUGGGCUACGUGAGAAUACCCUGGUGAUAUUUGCAUCUGAUAACGGGCCAGAGUUCAGGGAGCCCUGGCGAGGUACUGCUGGGCCAUGGACAGGUACCUACCAUACUGCCAUGGAGGGCAGCCUCCGGGUUCCCUUUAUCAUUCGUUGGCCCGGUCAGGUUCAACCGGGCUUCGUAUCUAACGAGAUUGUACAUGUCACGGAUAUAUUUUCCACGCUCCUUUCCAUUGCAGGUGGCCGUCCGCCCAGCGAUAGGCCAAUCGACGGCGUUGACCAGACCGAAUUCUUCAAAAACCCCACAACGGUUCGCUGUCCCCGCGAAGGGUUCUGCUUUUACAUAAAAAAUGAUCUUUUUGCGCUAAAGUGGAGAGACUGGAAAAUGCAUCUGAUUUGGUCGCCGGCUGUCAAUGAAUCCAAGGGCAAGCUUGAGUCGCCCUAUCUGUUCAACCUGAUUCGCGACCCCAAGGAAGAGAGUGACGUUGCCACGGCCAAUAGAUGGGUUCUCCAGCCAAUGGAGAGACUACGGACUGAUCUAGAAAGAAGUUUGGUAAACUUUCCAGCGCCGGAAGACCCGCAGAAAAAGAAAUUCAUGGAAAUGCAUGGUCACAACUACUGA